GUAAACCAAAAGAGAUUAAUGGGGAAGAAUUUAGGAUUAGUAGUUAGUUUUUAUCUUUGCAUCACGUUCGCACUCGGCGAAUACUUUUCAGAAACUCGUCCAAUCACACCGAAACAACUAGUGGUCACAAAUCUCCAUUUCUUCUUUCACGACACUCUCACCGCUCCAAACCCAUCAGCCAUCCUCAUUGCCAAGCCUACUCACACAAGAGGAGACAACGACUCUUCUCCCUCACCUUUCGGUUCUCUUUUUGCUCUCGACGACCCUCUCACCGUUGGACCAGACCCGAAAUCCGAGAAGAUCGGGAACGCUAGAGGGAUGUACGUUUCCUCUGGAAAACAUGUCCCCACGUUGACCAUGUACGUCGACUUCGGGUUCACAUCGGGCAAGUUUAACGGUAGUUCUAUAGCCGUGUUUUCGAGGAAUACGAUAACGGAGAAAGAGAGGGAGGUUGCAGUUGUGGGAGGCCGAGGAAGGUUUAGGAUGGCUAGAGGAGUGGCUCAACUCAAUACAUAUUACGUUAACUUGACCAAUGGGGAUGCUAUCGUUGAGUACAAUGUCACUCUCUAUCAUUAUUAACAACACUAUAUACAUAAAGGUCUUUCUAAAUCUUAAUGUAAUCACUUCCCUUGGAAUAAUUUAAUGCAUG